AUGGAAAAGCCUUUGGUUUUGUUUAUAUUUUUAUUCUACUGGCAUUUGCUAAACGCUUUAUUCACGGUUGAAGCUCCCCAGUCACUUUACACUGUGGAACAUGGGAAGAAUGUGACCAUGGAAUGCACAUUUCCAGUGAAUGGGAAAUUAAAGUUUAGAGAGUUAAGUGUCAGCUGGGAAAAGAAAGACGAGUUAAAGAAACAGGUUUAUGUACUUCUCAGAGGAGAGGAAGACUUCAAAAGUCAGCACAGUGACUUUAAGGGAAGAAUAAAAUUGUUGAAAGAGAACCUGAACUUUGGAAAAUCUCUCCUUCAGAUCACUGAUGUGAAGCUCAGAGAUGCAGGGUUUUACCGCUGUCUUAUUGGCUACGGGGGAGCCGACUACAAGACAAUCAAUCUGAAAGUUAAGGCUCCUUAUAGACGUAUAACCAAAGGAGUGGUGAGCACAGGAGAGAACGAAUGGAAGUUGACAUGUCAGUCAGAAGGAUACCCAGAAGCAGAAGUGAUAUGGCAAAACAGAGAAUAUGAAGAUUUGAGUGAUAAGGCAAACACAACUUAUGAAACUGGAAGCGACCAGCUGUAUCGUGUGACAAGUACCCUUACAAUCAAAAGUAGGAUUGAUGAGAUUUUUUACUGUAUAUUCUGGAAUAAAGAGCUGCAAGAAAAUACAUCUGCCAUUUUACAUAUAGCAGAUUCAGCUGAUGGUGUCCUGUGGACUGAGAGCAGACGUUUUGUUGGAGAAAUUCUCAUUAUGACUGCUUUCUUUGGAUCAGUGCUCCUGUUUACGCUCUGCGUAAGAAAAGUUAGAGCAAAUAAGGACAGCAGAACAACUGUGGCGAUUUCAUCAACUGCAAAGCUGUCGAAAGAUAAGGACACACACGACUGCAGAGCUACUUCUUUUGAAGACAAAGAGCUGAAAUAUAUGCAAAUUGAAGAGACCUAG